AUGAGCGUGGUAUAUUUACAAAUUAGACAUGAUGCUUUAGCACUUCCGGAAAACGAUGCACCAAUAAUGACUUGUGAAGCCUGUAGAGAAAAAUCAUGCCGAAAAGAAGCUGAUAUUCAAAGUUGUAGAUAUGAAUUUUGUGUACGGCGGACUUUAAUGAAAGGGAAAUAUAAGUCUAAAAGUCACCGGCUUAUUUGUCACUUGUACGAAUAA